AUGGCAGAUAUAAUGGACAGAUCCACCACGAUCGGCUUGUCAGCAUGGAUCAACUUGGCAGGACGUGUACGCCAUUGCCGUAAAAAUGGUGUUAGGGUUGUCUGUGUGACUGGAGCAGGGGGAUGCAUUGCAUCAUGGCUUGUCAAGAAUCUCCUUGAAAGAGACGAGAGAAAAUGUGGGCCUGUGUUGAAUUUACCAGGGGCACAAGAGAGGCUGAAGCUCUUCCAAGCGGAUCUCUUGGAAGAGGGCAGCUUCGAUUCUGCAGUGGAGGGCUGUCAAGGAGUCUUUCAUUUAGCCAGUCCCAUAGCUGGUGAUAAAGAGAACACGCCGGAGGAUUAUAUUGUGGGCGGUGUAAAUGGAGUAUUGAAUGUUAUGAGAGCUUGCACAAAAGCUAAAUCUGUUAGGCGAGUCGUUUUCACCUCAUCUCUUUCAGCAGCCUGUCCGCUGAGUGAUAAGGGGGAAUUAGCUUCUUCAUGUCUAGAUGAAUCAUGUUGGAGCCCUAUCGAUUUCCUCAAAUCUCACACAAAUAAACUGGCCUGGUAUAUGGCGGCCAAGACUUUAGCGGAACAAGAGGCUCUUAAAUACGGUGCUCAUAACGAGCUUGAGGUGGUGACUAUCCUGCCACCGAUUGUGCUUGGCCCUUGGUUUACAGAGAUGCCUGGUUUUUCAUCUUCGCAAACAGUACUAUCGCUUAUUAAAGGAAAUGAUUGGUAUGAUGAAGCAUUGAAGUUUAUUCAAUUCACAAUGGGCUCCAUUGCAGUAGCUCAUAUUGAUGAUGUUAGUAAUGCCCAUAUAUUUUUUAUGGAGCAUCAUAAUGCACAAGGUUGUCAUGUAUGUUCCAUCGAUUCUAAGAGAAUCGUUUCUCUCAAAGAUUUUAUUGCUAAACAAUUAUAUAUCUCGCUCACGUUAGAUAAGGAAGAUCUAAAUAAUAGCUAUUUACCUAUAUCUUCAAAGAAAUUGUUGGCUAUGGGAUUCUCUUACAAGUAUAGUUUGGAACAAGCUUUUGACGAGAGCAUAGAUUGCUCCAUUAAGAAAGGAGUUUUGAAGUUGUAA